UUCCACGCUCUUUGCUGUAGAAACGUCUUUUCUGUGCUCGUUGCUUGUGACCAUCCGGAACUAAACAGUGAAAAAGAGUCGGCGAUAAUAAAGACUAAAUACGUCAGUUUCAGUGAUUGUAAGGAUGGAAGAGUAUAACCCUGGAGACGAGGUGGUCUUCAACGCUGAUGAGGCCACUAACUUGAUUAAAGAGUGUAUUGAAGGAGUCAUCGGUGGAACCGAUUACAACCAGAGUAAAGUGAACCAGUGGACAGCCAGUAUAGUGGAGCAUUGUCUGACUCACCUGGUGAAACAAGGACGUUCGUUUAAAUACAUCGUAAACUGUUCCGUCAUGCAGAAGAGUGGUGCUGGCCUCCACACGGCCAACUCCUGCUACUGGGACACAGCCACUGAUGGAAGCUGCACUGUCAGGUGGGAGAACCGCACCAUGUACUGUGUGGUCAGUGCGUUUGCAGUGGCUCUGUGACAGCUGCACCAUGAUGUCGUAUUAAUGGAACCAUUAUCAGUAAAGAAGCCACAAGAUCUUCUGUUGGGACCCUCUGGUAGAAGCUGAUUUCCAGGUAGCUUAAUUCUCCCCCACAGGCAGGAAAACCACAACUUCAGAAUAAGGGUUUGUGAGUCGGCAGAAUGACAGAGAAUGAUUCUUUGUAAGGACCAGAGACAUGGUGGAACAGUGAGCCCUUUGUUAAAGUACAUGUCUUGUGUUGAUCAUGUGUGUAAAGGGUUUAUAUCCUAAAAACUCAGAUUUUAAAAUGUAAGGCUUAGUUGUUUUUUCAUAAUUUUUCAUUACAGUCCCCAUUACGUUGACUAUUACUAUUAUUUAAGGGUAGUUAGUUUGUUUCUGCUCGUCUACAGCCAACUGUAGCUGUGUUUCCAGGAUGGAGUGGUUUGAAUGCAGUUUACACUGUAUGUUUUAUGAAAAGAUUGACUCUGAACGUUGGUUGUAGCUUCAUUAAAUGUAAACCAAGCUGUA